CGAGUAAUACGCGAUCAUCGAAAACUGUGACUGAGCCACUAGCUGUGGAUUUUAUUAACUUUAAGGGAUUUCAUUUCUAAGUAGUGCAGUAUUAUUCUGAUCAGUCCUCCGUAUCGUUUGUCGUCGUGCGAAUAAUGUCUCGUUAAUCACAAUUGGUUUACCUAUUUAAUUCAAACGUUACUUGAGUAUUAGCAGACAACAUAUUGUGUAUAAUAUAAUAUAGAUUAUCAGGAUUUUUGGGUGAUUCACACUUGUUCAAGCCCAAGGUCUGGUUUUUAGACAUGGCAUUUCGUAGACGAAGUACAUCUGGGUCCAAACCACAGCUUAAAGAAAAAGUUGUACAAAUUUAUGAAUCAUUUUUUAAGGGUGAAGAUGUCUCAAAAGACAAUGAUAAUUUUUGGGAUGAAUUUUUCCUACUAAAACCUAAAAUAUCAUACAUUGAAACAGAAAUGGAAAAAUUAAGUAUUGAACAAUUAAUUACACUUCAAGAUAAUAUACGACUAUUAUUUAUCAAAUGUAUCACAGCAUUUGAAUGCCAACAUCAAUUGCGUAUAAUAUUUUCAUUAAAGACAUUGACAUGUUUAGUAAGCAGUCUAUACAAAAAAUUUAGAAUCAACCCUACGUUUGAUUUCAUUUCUAUUUUGGUGAUACCAAAAGACACUGAUAUGGUUUUUGAGAAUUUAUUGGGAAAAUGCAAUAUAAUGUUACGUGAACCUGAAUGUGUUGUUGUUAAAGACCUAUGUCUACAAUUUUUACUGACAAUUGUUACUGGAACCGACAACCUCAAUGAAAACCCGGCUCUGCGCCAUUUGAUGUCAAACAGUGUUUUUGAACCUUUGACAGAAGUUCUUUCAAAUAAUAUAUACCAAACAUAUCAUGGCUAUGAUUCUAUUUUACUCUUAACAUUACUUAUGAAUGUUGAAACUGCUAAGAAAACAAAUCCAUAUGUAGUCAAGUUAUCACUAUUAGAUAAAGAAGAUACUUUAAAUGGUUAUAGUCAGAUUAUAAGAUGGUCAUUGGAAGAAAUUUGUCAACAAUAUCGAUCAGAUGAAGUAGCACAGUACUCAAAUAACACAUGGUUUAAUACAUUUACAUCAGUUGUUAGCAAUAUGUUAUUUGUACCUGAUACUAUCGAAGAACAUAAUAUUGAAUUACCUCAAGAAAUCAGGUCAAUGAGUGGAAUAUUAAUUGCAUUGUAUGAAGCUGUACAUUACAACAGAAAUUUUAUGACUACAUUAACACAUUGCCAUACAUCUAAUAACUAUGAGUCACACCCCAGUGUUAUGCAACAGACACAAUCAGUUACAAAUAAUCCUGAUCUCAAAUCGCCUUCAGAUAAUCAAUUCUCCAAUCUUCUAGUCACAUUUUUUCAAUAUUGUUCAAUUGUAAUGCAGGACACAAAGACUGAAGCAAAUGCAAAUAAUUCAAUGCUAUGCUUUGUAAUAUUGUCUAGUAUUACUGAUGACCAAUUUGCCAAUUCACUUAUGCAUGAUGUAAAUUUACAAUUUAAAGUUGAUCUAUAUAGAUCCCCUACCAGACGAUAUAUGUUUGUUCCAGACAAAUCCCCAAAACCUUUGGCCGCUGCUCUAUUAGAUUUGAUGAUCGAGUUUAUGUUAGGACACAUGAUGAAAAAAUUACCACUUGACCAAUAUAUGAAAUGUAUAAGCAUAAUUCACCGCAUAAUAUGUUACCAAAAACGAAAUAGUGUACGUUUAUGUUACAAUUGGAAAGAUUUAUGGAGUUCUUUAAUCACGCUAUUAAAAUUUUUAAUGACAUAUGAACAUCAACUUUCACAAGAUAUGAAUAUUUAUGAUUUAGGAAUACAGAUUGUAAAUAUAUUUAACUUGUUCAUUACUUAUGGUGAUAUGCUACUUCCAUCACCAAGUAGUUAUGAUGAAUUGUACUAUGAAAUUAUAAGAAUGCAUACAGUUUUUGACAAUAUAUAUGUCUUAUCGUCAAGAAACUCUUCAGCUGUUAGUGAACACAAGUUAUCUGCCACAAAAUUAUCCAACUGUCUAAUCAAUAUCAGAGCUAUAAUCAAUCAUUAUAUACCAAAGAUCGAUAAUUGGUUAGAAAAGAAUUCGGUGACUACACCUGUUGGUGAAGAAAUUUUAGAAGUUGUUAGAAAUAAUUAUGACACACUGACACUGAAACUACUACUUGAUUGUUUGGGAAGUUUUGAAGCAAACAAGCCCAAUCAUGAUUUGUCAAGCUCAUCACUUAUCAAACUAAUGGUUAGCAAAGUAGUCAAGGAUACACGGCAGUCAUUAAAACAUUCUAACACCGAUCUUCAACAAAUUCUUCAGAAUUUUUCACUUUACACUAAUCCAUCAUAAUAAUAUUUUAUAAUAAACAGUAUUAAUAUUAUAUUCAAAAACUAUUUAUUUAAACAUGAUCAAAUGCAAUUUUAGAAAAUCUUUUUAAUUAUGUUGCUUUUUUUACAUUAGAAAUUAAGAUUGGAUAUUAUUGAACGAAUUUAAUAUAUAAUUCUCAUUGAAUAAUUUUUUCUUUGACUAAC